AUGACAAUACCAAACUAUCUAUACAUAACAGUUUUUCGUUUACCAAAUUACGCAAAUUCAUCAAAAGAUGUAUUAGAUGAAACUUCACAUUCAAGUAUUCUACUCUUUUUACUCUCAUGUUUAUCAUCAAUAACAUGUCACCCAUAUCGUAAACAAAAAGAUUUAAUAUCAACAUCAUUAUCUAUUCCAUUAGCAACAAUAGCAACAAUAAAUAAUACAACAAUAGUUGAUGAUAAUGAGGAUGAAUAUUAUGAAGAUGAUAUUGAACAAAUAGAAUCAACAACAACAGUACAACAAUUAAAUGCAAUUAAUAAGAAUAAGAAUAUUACAAAUUCUAAUUUUUCCGUGAUAAAGAUACAAGUUUUGGUACAGCAUCAAGAUAUGAAUAAAAAACAACAUAAAGAAAAACGAAAAGGAAUCACAACUUCCUUUGGUCAAUGUCCAUUAACAUUUGAUGGUGCAUAUGGUCUUACUAAAGCAAAAUAUUCUAUUGAAUUUUGUCAACAUAGAAAAAAACCAUCGAAUCGGAUUAUAUCGCCAUUUCAUGGAAAAGCAUAG